CCGCUGCAGCCAGCGUGCUGUGCUGAUCCGAAGCCAGGAGCCAGGUGCUUCCUCCUGGUCUCCCAUGCAGGUGCAGGGCCCAAGGACCUGGGCCAUCCUCCACUGCACUCCUGGGCCACAGCAGAGAGCUGGACUGGAAGAGGGGCAACCAGGACAGGACCCGUGCCCCAACUGGGACUAGAACCCGGUGUGUCUGCGCUGCAGGCGGAGGAUUAGCCUAUUGAGCCGUGGUGCCGGCCUGGAGCCGUUUUGACCUCAGCUCUCCUCUUACUCAGCAGUAUUAUUAAAGUGCCUCCCUCCCCCUGGUCCUCAGUUUCUCCUUGAUAGAAAGAGGGCAUUGCUUUUAUCCUGACUUUGGAGAAGAAGAGAGUUUCUGGUUCUCCUUUCGCUGGAUCUGUUUUAACUUUAGUUCAGCUGGGAUAGUCCCCAAGAUAGGAAAUGCCCCUCCCCUUCUGGGAGCCUGGGUCCAGACACUAACCCAUUCCAGGAGCUCCACAGGCAACAAACAGAAUAUCGAGGCAGAUAAACUUUCUUCCCCUGUGGACCCACAGCUUACAGAGCUGUUGUGCUGGCUUGGGAAUUUUAAUAGCUGAGACAUUUAUCUUUUAGCCUUUGAUCCAGAUACAAACAGAUUGUAACUUUGAGUCGUCAAUUGAUUCAAUGCACAGCUUUCUGUAUCCUUGGUGAGCAAAGAUUCAGGCUUGAGGGUGAGAAGAGAUUGAGGGAAGGAGGAAAUUCUAGCUGUAAAAUACCUCCUGAGAUUGCCUUGUCUGUGGUCAGGUCUCUGUGGAAUCUCUCGGGAAAGCUGAUCUUUUUUCUUCUCCCAUUUCUCCGAUGGUCUUUUUGAAAACAAAGGCCUGCCAAAGAGUUGUACCUUAAAGAGUUGUACCUUAGUGACAUGGAGGAACUAACAGUUAAUUGUCAUUAUAAAGCCUGCCUUAUAAAUAACUUCACGUUGAAUGAUGAGCUGUGAACAGAAGUGGUCAUUGCAACAUAUGAAGGAUAAUGAGAAUCACAACUGCUCCUUGUCCAGUUACUGAGUUGUUCUUACACUUAAGCCCUGAGAUGCUUCAGGUUCUUUGUAUACAUAGUUUUGUUCACUCCCUCACAUCACAGCAGGAAGUGUGAGUGGUAUCAUCUCCACUUUACAGAUAAGGAAACUAAGUCUUGGAGGAGUUAAGUAACUUGUCUACAUCAUACUGCUGUCAAGGGCCAGAUGAGAUUUGAAUAAGAAUGUGUGCCUGAUUCCAGUGCUUCUAUUUUGCUGUUACCCAUCAUACUAUCAUUAAAGCUACUUUUGACUCAUUUCACUGAUCAUUGAGCCCCUCUUCUGUGUUAGGUUUGAUGCAAGUUGCUGGAGAUGCAGCCGUGAACAGAUGAGUGCCAGAUGAGUUGUCCAGGCAAUCAGAGCUUUAGACUUUCAGAGAAGAACGUGGUAGCUUAGAGACUGGGGGGAAAGGAGUGGCGUUCAUGCAGAAUCGGGGCUUAGAGGAACAGUGCACACUUCCUGCAGCUUUAUAGGGUCCUAGAUUGGAGGGGCUUUGGGAGCUUGUUUUCUGAUAGAUCAACUUGUUAAGAAAAAAAACAGCUAGAUGUAAAACAGUCUUGAUAAUUGUAAUUAAUUUUUGUGACUGACAGUUGUCUCUCUCCCACCCCAUAGUCUUCUUAUGCAAGAUAAUGCUUACUCUGCAUCUCAUUUGUUUUCUCAGUUUCAACACUUUGCUAACACAUUUAAUUUUUGAUCUUGAUUUCCUUCAGGGCAAUGACAGGACCUAGCAAAUAUUUGUGAGCCAGAAGUGAACUCUGAUCUACUUCCUAGGCUAGAUGGCCCUGGAACUCCCCAUGUGUGGCAGACACUAUGUUCGGCAGAGGGGACAGGACCAUCUAAUGGGAGCACACACACUUGUAACCAACUAUGAUAAGGGUCUAGGGUGCUCUGGUAGAAGCCUCUCAUCCAGUAUUGGAAGAAUCAGGGAGGCUUCUGGAAGAAAUGAGGUCUAAACUGAAAGGUGAAUGAACUAUGGAGAAGAAGGAAAGACUUUGCUAGACAGAGUGGACCUCCUGUUCAAAAACUAAGCGGUGAGAGGGGACACAGGAUGGUCAAGGAAGUGAAAGUGCAGUGUGUGUGUGUGUGUGUGUGUGUGUGUGUGUGUGUGUGAGAGAGAGAGAGAGAGAGAGACGCACACGCCCUUGCCUGUCUGUAUGAAGCAGAUGAACUGGCUGUGAGUUCUACCCAGCAAAUUGGUGCCAAAUGCUAUGUUCUAUGGGACAGGCAGAUUGCCUGUUAAGCACAAUAAAUCCUUGUUGAAAAAACUGAGACACCAGUGGCUGAAAUGGGAUCUGGACCCAGGUUUUAUAAAUAAUUAAUGUUUUACUCUCAACUCAUUGUGAGAACUCUGGACCAGUUCCAAAUCAGCCUUGGACAGUGAGUGACCUAGUGUGUCCUCAUGGGCCACCUAGGACAGAAAUCAGUUUUGAGAGCUGUGAGAUUUUCAGAGCUCAAGGGGCAGAGCUCCAACAGAGGCAGAAAUACCCAACUCACAAAUUUCUGCCCAUGGAGCUCUGCUGACUUGGUAGCCUUACCACAAAAGGGACAGCACGCCUUGUUCCAGGUUUAUUUGUGGAUGCAAGGAACCUGACAGAGCUCUGUGGAGGUAAAGUCCUGGGCCAGCUGAACCCCAAGCCAUUGGCAAGCUCCAUCUCUUCCCAGCCCGGGAUGAGCGAAAAUGUACCCGCUUCCUUGGAGAGCAGCGGCAGCCCCAGCCCCGCUAGCUGUACCUCCUCUGCCAUCCCCCAGCCCGGUGUGGCCUCCAAGCCGUGGCGCAGCAAGUCCCUCAGCGUGAAGCACAGCGCCACAUCGUCCAUGCUCUCGGUCAAGCCGUCCGGGCCCGAGGUCCCCAGGCCCACGCCCGAGGCCGUGAAGCCAGCCCCCAACAAUCAGAAAUCCAUGCUGGAAAAGCUAAAGCUUUUCAACAGUAAAGGGGCUUCCAAGGCAGGCGAGGGCCCGGGCUCCCGGGACACGAGCUGUGAGCGCCUGGAGAUCCUGCCCAGCUUUGAAGAGAGCGCAGAGCUGGAGGCUGCUGGCCGCGCGCUCUCGGCCGCGGGCCCCGCGUCCAGCAGCCCCAAGAUUGCUCUCAAGGGCAUCGCCCAGAGGACUUUCAGCCGGGCGCUGACCAACAAGAAGAGUUCCCCGAAAGGCAAUGAGAAAGAGAAAGAGAAGCAGCAGCGGGAGAAGGAGAAGGAGAAGGAGAAAGGCAGGGACCUCACCAAGAGGGCGUCUGUGACCGAGAGGCCGGACUUCCGGGAGGAGCCCAGGGAGGAGCCCAGCGGUGCGGUCGUGACCGAGAUGCCGAAAAAGUCCUCCAAGAUCGCCAGCUUUAUCCCCAAAGGGGGCAAGCUCAGCAGUGCCAAGAAGGAGGCCACGGCCUCUUCCCACAGUGGGAUACCAAAACCGGGGAUGAAGAGCACACCCGGCAAGUCCCCAAGUGCCCCUGCGCCGUCCAAGGAAGGGGAGCGCAGCCGCAGCGGGAAGCCGAACUCGGGGCUCCCGCCGCCCAAGCCCCAGCUGGACGGCAGACACUCCAGCUCCUCCUCCAGCCUGGCCUCCUCGGAGGGCAAAGGCCCGGGAGGGACCCCGCUGAACCACAGCAUCAGCAGCCAGACUGUCAGCGGGUCCGUCGGGACCACCCAGACCACGGGAAGCAAUACUGUCAGUGUUCAGCUACCUCAGCCCCAGCAGCAAUACAGCCACCCCAACACUGCCACAGUCGCGCCUUUCCUGUACAGGUCCCAGACGGACACCGAAGGGAAUGUGACUGCCGAGUCCAGCUCAGCGGGUGUGAGCCUGGAGCCCAGCCACUACACCAAGAGUGGACAGCCUGCCCUGGAAGAGCUCACGGGGGAAGACCCCGAGGCUCGGCGGCUGCGGACAGUGAAGAACAUCGCUGACCUGCGGCAGAAUUUGGAGGAGACCAUGUCCAGUUUACGGGGAACUCAGGUUACACACAGCACAUUGGAAACCACAUUUGACACCAACGUGACCACGGAGAUAAGCGGCCGUAGCAUCCUCAGCUUGACGGGGAGGCCCACUCCUCUGUCCUGGAGACUUGGCCAGUCCAGCCCUCGGCUCCAAGCAGGAGACGCCCCCUCGAUGGGCAGUGGGUACCCACCUCGGGCCAACGCCAGCCGGUUCAUCAACACCGAGUCAGGCCGCUGCGCGUACUCUGCGCCACUGAGAAGGCAGCUGGCGUCCAGGGGCAGCAGCAUCUGCCACGUGGACGUGUCCGACAAGGCGGGGGAGGACAUGGACCUGGAAGGCAUCAGCGUGGACGCCCCCGGCUAUAUGAGCGACGGGGAUGUUCUGAGCAAGAACAUCCGGACUGAUGACAUUACGAGCGGGUACAUGACCGAUGGUGGGCUCGGCCUGUACACACGGCGCCUGAACCGGCUGCCUGAUGGGAUGGCUGUGGUGCGGGAGACACUGCAACGAAACACCUCCCUGGGCCUUGGAGAUGCAGACAGCUGGGAUGACAGCAGCUCCGUGAGCAGCGGCAUCAGCGACACCAUAGACAACCUCAGCACCGAUGACAUCAACACCAGCUCCUCCAUCAGCUCCUACGCCAACACGCCCGCCUCCUCUCGCAGAAACCUGGACGUGCAGACGGAUGCAGAGAAGCACUCCCAGGUGGAGAGGAACUCGCUGUGGUCAGGUGAUGACGUCAAGAAAUCAGACGGAGGGUCAGACAGCGGCAUAAAGAUGGAGCCAGCUUCCAAGUGGAGGCGCAAUCCUUCCGACGUGUCCGACGAGUCUGACAAGAGCACGUCGGGCAAGAAGAAUCCCGUCAUCUCGCAGACGGGCUCGUGGCGGAGGGGCAUGAGCGCACAGGUGGGCAUCACCAUGCCGAGGACGAAGCCGGCUGCCCCAGCGGGCACGCUGAAGACCCCAGGCACAGGGAAAACGGACGACGCAAAGGUGUCUGAGAAAGGAAGACUCUCGCCCAAAGCCUCGCAGGUGAAGCGCUCCCCAUCAGACGCCGGUCGCAGCAGCGGCGAUGAAUCCAAAAAGCCCCUUGCCAGCAGCUCCAGGACGCCCACCGCCAACGCCAACAGCUUUGGGUUCAAGAAGCAGAGCGGCUCAGCCGCUGGGCUGGCCGUGAUCACAGCCAGCGGGGCCACUGUCACCAGCAGGUCAGCCACGCUGGGCAAAAUCCCCAAGUCUUCCGCGCUGGUGGGUCGAUCUGCUGGCCGGAAGGCGAGCAUGGAUGGGGCCCCGAAUCAGGACGACGGGUAUCUGUCCCUCAGCUCCCGGACAAACCUGCAGUACCGGAGCCUGCCCAGGCCCAGUAAAUCCAACAGCCGCAACGGGGCCGGGAACCGAUCUAGUACCAGCAGCAUCGAUUCCAACAUCAGCAGCAAGUCGGCAGGCCUGCCCGUGCCCAGGCUGAGGGAGCCCUCCAAGACGGCCCUCGGCAGCUCUCUGCCCGGCCUCGUCAACCAGACGGACAAGGAGAAAGGCAUCUCGUCAGACAACGAGAGCGUCGCCUCCUGUAACUCGGUGAAAGUGAACCCAGCAGCCCAGCCCGUGUCCGGCUCAGCUCAGGCCACUCUGCAGCCAGGGGCCAAAUACCCAGAUGUGGCCUCUCCCACGCUCCGCAGACUCUUCGGUGGGAAGCCUACCAAGCAAGGGCCCAUCGCCACGGCUGAAAACAUGAAAAACUCGGUGGUCAUCUCGAACCCUCACGCCACCAUGACCCAGCACGGCUCCCUGGACUCUCCCUCGGGCAGCGGCGUCCUGAGCAGCGGCGGCAGCAGCCCUCUGUACAGCAAGAACAUGGACCUCAACCAGUCUCCUCUAGCCUCCAGCCCCAGCUCCGCCCACUCGGGCCCCUCCAACAGCCUCACGUGGGGCACCAGCGCCAGCAGCUCCUCGGCCGUCAGCAAGGACGGCCUGGGCUUCCAGUCCGUCAGCAGCCUCCACACCAGCUGUGAGUCCAUUGACAUCUCCCUCGGCAGCGGAGGGGGCCUGAGCCACAACUCCUCCACGGGCCUGCUCAGCUCCUCCAAGGACGACUCCUUGACUCCCUUUGUCAGAACCAACAGUGUGAAGACCACACUGUCAGAAAGCCCUCUCUCUUCCCCUGCUGCUAGCCCUAAGUUCUGCAGAAGUACCUUGCCCAGGAAACAGGACAGUGACCCGCACCUUGAUAGGAACACUUUGCCUAAGAAAGGACUCAGGUAUACUCCCGCCUCCCAGCUUCGCACACAAGAAGACGCAAAAGAAUGGUUACGGUCCCACUCUGCUGGAGGCCUCCAGGACACUGCUGCCAAUUCCCCUUUCUCCUCCGGCUCCAGUGUGACUUCUCCCUCCGGAACGAGAUUCAACUUUUCCCAGCUCGCAAGCCCCACCACUGUCACCCAGAUGAGCUUGUCCAACCCAACCAUGCUGAGGACACACAGCCUCUCCAAUGCUGACGGGCAGUACGACCCAUAUACCGACAGCCGCUUCCGAAACAGCUCCAUGUCCUUGGACGAGAAGAGCAGAACCAUGAGCCGUUCAGGCUCAUUCCGAGAUGGGUUUGAAGAAGUUCACGGAUCCUCGCUCUCCUUGGUUUCCAGCACAUCAUCCAUUUAUUCUACGCCGGAAGAAAAGUGCCAGUCGGAGAUUCGCAAACUUCGGCGGGAGCUGGAUGCCUCCCAAGAGAAGGUGUCAGCAUUGACGACGCAGCUGACGGCAAAUGCCCACCUGGUGGCAGCUUUUGAACAGAGUCUGGGGAACAUGACAAUCAGGCUCCAGAGUUUGACCAUGACAGCCGAGCAGAAGGAUUCAGAACUGAAUGAGUUAAGGAAAACUAUCGAGCUGCUGAAGAAACAGAACGCAGCUGCCCAGGCUGCCAUUAAUGGAGUAAUUAACACACCAGAGCUCAACUGCAAAGGAAACGGCGCCUCCCAGGCUUCAGACCUCCGCAUUCGCAGGCAGCACUCCUCCGACAGCGUCUCCAGCAUCAACAGCGCCACCAGCCACUCCAGUGUGGGCAGCAACAUAGAGAGUGACUCCAAGAAAAAGAAGAGAAAGAACUGGUUACGCAGCUCCUUCAAGCAAGCUUUCGGGAAGAAGAAGUCCCCCAAGUCGGCAUCCUCGCAUUCAGACAUAGAGGAGAUGACGGACUCAUCACUGCCUUCCUCGCCGAAGCUGCCACACAACGGCACCACGGGCUCCACUCCACUGCUGCGGAACUCCCACUCCAACUCCCUAAUUUCAGAGUGCAUGGACAGUGAGGCCGAGACAGUCAUGCAGCUCCGGAACGAGCUGAGAGACAAGGAGAUGAAGCUGACAGACAUCCGCCUAGAAGCCCUCAGCUCCGCCCACCAGCUCGACCAGCUCCGGGAGGCCAUGAACAGGAUGCAGAGUGAAAUAGAGAAGCUGAAGGCUGAGAAUGACCGGCUGAAGUCCGAGUCUCAAGGCAGUGGCUGCAGCCGGGCCCCCUCCCAGGUGUCCAUCUCUGCCUCCCCGAGGCAGUCCAUGGGCCUCUCCCAACACAGCCUGAACCUCACUGAGUCAACCAGCCUGGACGUGUUGCUGGAUGACACUGGUGAAUGCUCGGCUCGGAAGGAAGGAGGCAGGCAUGUUAAGAUAGUUGUCAGCUUUCAGGAGGCAAUGAAGUGGAAGGAGGACUCCAGACCACACCUCUUUCUUAUUGGCUGCAUUGGAGUCAGUGGCAAGACGAAGUGGGAUGUGCUCGAUGGGGUGGUUAGACGCCUGUUCAAAGAGUACAUCAUUCACGUGGACCCGGUGAGUCAGCUAGGGCUGAAUUCAGACAGUGUCCUGGGCUAUAGCAUUGGUGAAGUCAAGCGCAGCAACACUUCGGAAACGCCAGAGCUGCUCCCCUGUGGCUAUCUGGUUGGCGAGAACACCACCAUCUCCGUCACUGUCAAAGGCCUGGCAGAGAACAGCCUGGACUCGCUGGUGUUUGAGUCCUUGAUCCCCAAGCCCAUCCUGCAGCGCUACGUGUCCCUGCUGACGGAGCACCGGCGGAUCAUCCUCUCCGGCCCCAGCGGCACCGGGAAAACCUACCUGGCCAACCGACUGUCCGAGUACAUGGUGCUGCGCGAGGGCCGGGAGCUGACGGAUGGGGUCAUCGCCACCUUUAACGUGGACCACAAGUCCAGCAAGGAGCUGCGCCAGUACCUGUCCAACCUGGCCGAUCAGUGCAACAGCGAGAACAACGCCGUGGACAUGCCGCUCGUCAUCAUCCUGGACAACCUGCAUCACGUCGGCUCUCUGGGCGAGAUCUUCAACGGGCUGCUCAACUGCAAGUACCACAAAUGCCCUUACAUCAUUGGCACAAUGAACCAGGCUACCUCUUCUACCCCCAACCUACAGCUUCAUCAUAACUUCAGGUGGGUGCUCUGUGCCAACCACACGGAGCCCGUGAAAGGUUUCCUGGGCCGGUUUCUGAGGAGGAAGCUCAUGGAGACAGAGAUCAGCGGGCGGGUGCGGAACGUGGAGCUGGUCAGGAUCAUCGACUGGAUCCCCAAGGUCUGGCAUCACCUCAACCGCUUCCUGGAGGCGCACAGCUCCUCCGACGUCACCAUCGGGCCCAGGCUCUUCCUGUCAUGCCCCAUCGACGUGGACGGCUCACGGGUGUGGUUCACCGACCUGUGGAACUACUCCAUCAUCCCCUACCUCCUGGAAGCCGUGCGAGAGGGACUCCAGCUGUAUGGAAGGCGCACUCCCUGGGAGGAUCCCGCCAAGUGGGUGAUGGACACGUACCCGUGGGCUGCCAGCCCGCAGCAGCACGAGUGGCCUCCCCUGCUGCAGCUCCGGCCUGAGGACGUCGGCUUCGAUGGCUACUCCAUGCCUCGGGAGGGCUCAGCAAGCAAACAAGUGCCCCCCAGCGACGCCGAAGGAGACCCGCUGAUGAACAUGCUGAUGAGGCUGCAGGAGGCCGCCAACUACUCCAGCCCCCAGAGCUACGACAGCGACUCCAACAGCAACAGCCAUCAGGACGACAUCCUGGACUCGUCCCUCGAGUCCACUCUGUGACGGGCUCGGCUCUGGAGCCUGCCGUCUCCUCUCCUCUCCUCCUCGCCCUGCCCCACCUGCAUCCCCCACGUUAUCCUGAAGAUGACUUCCUGAGCCAGCCCCCCAGCCGCAGCCUCGGAGCUGCAGGAUCCCUGGACCCCUCGUCCUCCUGCCUCGCUCACGUGCAGGCGUCCCGGGCGGGCCGGCCGCCUGGGGCCCGCUUGCUUCCACAGCGAGGACUGCACUACUUUCUGUUCUCCUCCAGUUAUUAUUUUGCCUUGUUGCUGUGAGCGCCCUAAGACACUGAGGAUGCUACUCGGGAAGGGGCCGUCCCCGCUGAGCUGGAAAGAACCCACCCGAAGCUCUGAAAUCGAACCGCACCCUGCCGUGAGCUGCCCAGAGAUGGGAGAGGCUGGGGCAAAGUUGGAAAUGGAGGCGGCACGGCUCCUCUCACUUCAGACCCUGGGGUCUCGCUGCCGGCGCUGCACCCAGCCGGCCUCAGAGAGAUCUGGUGCUAACCCGGGCGCUUGCUUUGGUCUCGCUCAGUGUACUACAGAGCUGCGAUGCAGGAAACCCUUAGGAGAAGAGAAAUCGUGCUUUUUGUUUUUUGUUUUGUUUUGUUUUUAUUUUUCACUUUUUUUUAAAUGGUGCUCUCCUUGCUCGAGAGGUAUUUUGCCUGUUCCAGUUCAGCCCUUUGCAGGCCCCUGAGCCUCCGAUUACCCCGUGAGAGUGAGUGGAGGAGUGAGAAUGUGGGCGGCAGGUGCUGCCGCCCACGCAGACCCGCAUGUGUGUUUCCCUAUCAUGUCGCGAUG